AUGAAUAAAUUAGAAAAUCUUUAGAAUACUAUUAAUAUAAUUGGAAGAGAUAUUUCAAUUCUUAAAGGAAAAUCUUUUUAAUAACUAUUUGAUUUAAGAAAGUAGACUGUUCUUUUAAAUAAAAAGAGAAUGGAUUUAACAAAAAUAUUUGUUCCACUUUAUGGUAGAGAGAAAUCAAAUGGUUUAGAAUCUAAAUUAUUACCUAUGUUUGAUGAUGACCAUUAAAAUAAGAUUUCAAUAGUCAAUAAUUUUAUAUGGUAUGAUCAUUAAGGAUAAGAAUACAAAGAUUAAUCAGAUGUAUUAUUAAUACAUGGUUAAGCAGGAUCUGGUAAAAGUACAAUAGCAAGAAAAAUAGAAGAAUUUCUAUGGGAAUAAUAGUAAUAUCAAAAUAAUAAAGAACAGAAUCUUAUACCUAUUUUUGUUUAGUUACCAAGUUUAAAAGAUCCUUUACAUAGUGCUAUAGAAGAAACAUUAUAAUCUGAAUAAUUAUCAUUUGAUAAAAUAUAAAUUAAUUAAUUAAAAGAAGAAAUAUAAAAAGGUAAGAUAUCUCUUAUUAUAAUAAUGGAUGGAUAUGAUGAAUUAAAAACUGAAUAUUCAUAAUAGAAUUUAUAUAUUUUAAAUAGAUUAAAUGAAAUAUGGAAGAAACCUAAAGUAAUCUAUACUUCUAGAACUGAAAUUUUGAAUUCAAAUCUAUAUCAAACAUGGUUUUAAGGUAAUGGAAAAUUAAAAGAAGUUGAAUUAUAAUCAUUUUCAUCUUUACAACAAAAUUAAUACUUUUAAAGUUUUGUUUUUCAAUUAGUUAAAUAAAAAAUCUUAACAUUUUAUGAAUAUUCUAUAUAAAUUGAGAAAAAAAUCUUUAAUUUUGAAGAAUUUGAAAAAAUAUGGUUACCCAUAAAUGAAAUGAUUAUUUCAAAAAGUAUAGAAGGAAAAAACUAUUUGAAUUUAUUUUUAAAUAGGAAUUAAAUUAAAUCAAUUAUUAAUUCAAUUACAUAAAAUUCUAAAAUAGAAAUAAGAUAAGAUCAUCAUGAAGAAUUAUUAUAAAAUUUGUAAAAAGAAUUAUCAGAAAUUUGGAAUGCUAAUAGAUAUAUAGAGAUUAUGGAUGCUAUUAAUAUAAGAAGUAUUGUAUAAAUGCCAUUUAUGCUUGAAAUUGUUGCUUAAAUAUUCCCUAAAUUGACAUCUGCAACUUCUGACAUCAAUUAAAUUAAAAGUAAUUUCAUUAAAAAUUAUGUAAAUUUAAAAUAAUAAUAAUAUUUAAUUAAAAAAUACUCUUAAAACUUAGAUUAAGUAUUUGAUAUUGAAAUUGAAUAAUUAUGUGCACUAAAUAAUUGGAAAUAAUUAGAAAUGAAAUCAAUAUUUUAAAAUUAUUCUCCAUUAAGUUAAAUUAAAAUUGAAAAUCAAAUCUUAUUAAUUAAUGAAGAAUCAUUUGAUUUUGGAUAAGAAGCAUAAAUUAUUAAAUAAUCUUUAAAAAAUUAAAAUUAUACACCUUAUACUUUCUAUUAGGCUUUCAUAGAUUAUUAUCAUAAUUAAUAAGUUCAAAAAUUAAAAAUGAUAGGUAAAGCAAUUGAUUAAGAAAUUUUCUUUACAGAUCUAAUUAAUUUUUCAUAAUCUCUUGCAUUAGAAUUAACAGAACGUUAAUUAACUUAAGCUAAUUAUAUUAAGAAAAGUUAUGUAGACUUUUCAAAUGAUGGAAGAAUUCCAUAACAGGAAUGGAUUGAUAAAUACUUUGGUCAAUAAGGUAUAGUAGCUGAAUAAAAAUAUCUUCUAAGGAAAUGUGCACUUCUUAAUCAAAAAGGUAAUACUAUCUCUUUUAUUCAUAAAUCUAUAUAAGAAUUUUAUGUAUCUAAAUAUAUCCUUGAUUUAUUAUUUAAAUUACCUACCCUAAAUCUUGAAGAUUUAAAUGUUUAUAUUAAUGAAAAAUUAAAAAAUUAAUAAAAUAAAAAUAAAUUCAUUAAAUUAGAUAAAGAGUUUAAUAAUUUAGGUAAAGAGCAUAUAUAAAAAAUGGUUGAAUUAAUUGUGAAAAUAAUAAAAGAGAGUAAAUUUAAUACUCUCAAUUUUUCUGAAGAAUAAUAUUAAGGAAUGAUUCAUUUUUUAAAAUGUGAAAUUAAUCAAAACUAAAAAUUAAAGUAAGUAUUAAUGUCAAUUGUAAAAAUAUCAUCCUUAGAAUCCAUCUAACAAGAGGCAGGAAAUUCAUUAUUUAUACUUAAUUAAAUUGGAGAUAUUUUUAAUGAUUUAAAUUUUGAACAUAUUUAAAUUAAAAAUUCUAAUCUCAAUGGUGCUUCAUUUUAUAAUACAAUAUUAUGUGAAUCUAAAAUGGAUAAUGUAAACAUUAGUUAAUGUAAUUUCAACAGAGCUUAAUUAUAAAACUGUAAAUGGAUUAACAUUAAUUCAAAUGAACUACCAACACUAAAAGGCCAUACUGAUUCAGUUUCUUCACUUACAUUCUCUUCAGAUGGAUAAACAUUGGCCUCAGCUAGUUCUGAUUACACAAUUAGAAUAUGGGAUACUAAAUCAGGAAAAGAGAUUAUGAAAUUAUUAGGUCACACUGGAUGGGUUUGGUCAAUUGCCUAUUCUCCAGAUGGAUAAUUUAUCAUCUCUGGAAGUAGUGAUAAUUCAGUGAGACUAUGGGAUGUUAGUUUUGGAUAUUAAGUAAUGAAAUUAGAAGGACAUACUGGUUAAGUAUACUCUGUAUAAUUUUCACCUGAUGGUUAAAUGAUUGCUUCUGGAAGUAGUGAUACAUCUAUACGUUUAUGGGAUCCAAAUUCAGGUCAUUAAAUUAAAUAAUUGAAUGGUCAUGAAGGUUGGAUUAGGUCAGUCACCUUUUCAUAAUUAGGACAUUUAUUGGCAUCUGGAAGUUGUGAUUAAACUAUAAGAAUAUGGGAUUUAAAAUAAUAUUAAGAAAUCAGAAAAUUAGAAGGACAUUCAGAUUCUGUUUAAUCAGUUGCAUUUACUCCAGAUAGUCAAAUAUUAGCAUCUGGUAGUAUGGAUGGAUCAAUAAGAUUAUGGGAUAUUAAAAAUGGAAUUGAAUUAUAAAAAUUAAUGGGUCAUAAUAAUAAUUGGAUAUGGUCUGUAACAUUCUCCAUUGAUGGAUAAAUAUUAGCCUCUGCUAGUAAUGACACAAUUAUUAGAAUAUGGGAUGUAAAAUCAGGAAAGAAUAUUUAAAGAUUGGAAGGACAUACUGAUUGUGUUUAUUGUUUAGUUUAUUCUCCAGAUGGUUCAAUUUUAGGAUCUGCUAGUAAAGAUUAAUCAAUAAGACUUUGGGAUACUAAAUCUGGAAGAGAAAUGAAUAUGUUAGAAGGUCAUGUUGGAUCAAUUUGUUCUGUUGCAUUUUCUCCAGAUGGAUUAGUAUUUGCUUCUGGAGGUGAAGAUUAAUCAAUUAGAAUAUGGGAUUCAAAAUCUGGUAAAGAAUUAUCAAAAUUAGAUGGUCAUUUUGGAUGGGUAUAAUCAAUUGCAUUUUGUCCAAAAGGAUAAUUGAUUGCUUCUGGUAGUAGUGAUACUUCUGUUAGAUUAUGGGAUUUAGAAUCAGGAAAAGAGAUAUAAAAAUUAGAUGGACAUCUUAGUUGGGUAUAUUCAAUAGCAUUUUCAGUUAAAGAAGAUUUAUUAGCAUCUGGUAGUGAAGAUCAAUCCAUAAUAUUAUGGCAUAUUAAAACAGGAAAAUUAAUUACUAAAUUAUUAGGACAUACUAAUUCUGUAUAAUCAGUAGCCUUUUCUCGUGAUGGUUUAAGAUUAGCCUCUGCUAGUAGUGAUAAUUUAAUUAAAAUAUGGGAUACAAAAUUAGGAUAAGAAAUAUUGGAAUUAAAUGAACAUAAUGAUUCAGUGUAAUGUGUAAUCUAUUCUCCAAAUGGAUAAAUAUUGGCAUCAGCUGGAAGUGAUUACAUUAUAUAAUUAUGGGAUGCAAUUUCAGGAAAAGAUAUAAUUAAGCUUGAAGGUCAUACAGAUGCAGUAUAAUCAAUUGCUUUUUAUCCAGAUGGGAAAGUUCUUGCUUCUGGAAGUAGUGAUCAAUCAAUAAGAAUUUGGGAUAUAACAACUGGUUAAGAAAUGUAAAAAUUAGAUGGGCAUGCUGGAUGUGUAUAUUCAAUUGCUUUUUCUCCAAAUGGAGAAUAAUUAAUAUCAGCCAGUGAAGACAAUUCUAUAUUAUUAUGGAAUACUAAAUCGAUUAAAGAAAUGUAAUAAAUAAAUGGUGAUUCAAUGUGGAUAUAUUCAGUAGCAUAAUCUCCUGAUUAAUAAUUAUUAGCAUUAGCAUGUAUAGAUUUUUCAAUAAGAUUAUGGGAUCUGAAAUCCGAAAAAGAAAGAUAAAGAUUAAUUGGGCAUUCUGAUUAUGUAGAAGUGAUAGCCUUUUCUAUGAAUGGUCAAAUAAUGGCAUCUGCAGGUAGGGAUCAUAAAAUUAGAUUGUGGAAUCUGAAAUAAUAAAUAGAUGUUUAGAUAUUAAUUGCUCAUUCUGCUACUAUUUGGUCUCUUCGAUUCUCUAAUGAUGGUUUAAGAUUAGCAUCUGGAAGUAGUGAUAAUACAAUACGUAUUUGGAUUGUUAAGGAUACAGAGUAAGAAAAAGUAUUAAGAGGACAUACUGAAGCAAUACAAUAAGUAAUUUUUACUCCUGAAGGAAAAUUGUUGGUGUCAAUAUCGAAUGAUAAUACUAUUAGAAAAUGGAAUUUAGAUUCAGGGGAAGAAGUAGAAUAAUUAGAAGUUAAUUUGGGAAUUGUUUGGGCUGCUACUUUUUCACCUGAUAAUUAAGUAUUGGCAAUGGUUAAUAAAAAUAAUACAAUAUUCCUAUAUUAUGUAAUAAAAGGAUAAAUAAAAAUAAUUAAAAAUAACUUAGAUUUGUUACAUUCUAUAACUUUUUCUUAAGAUUCAGAGUUUUUAAUUUCAAAAAAUUCUGAUUGUUCUAUACACCUUUUAGAGAUUUAAUCAGGAUUAGAAAUUUAAAGAUUUCAAGAACAACCUACUCUAAAGUAAUCAUUUAAAAAUCCAUUUCUAUAACAAUUUAAGCAAUCUAAAAUUUUACUAAGUUUAUAAAAGUAAUUAAAAAAUCGAAAAUCUGUUGAAUAAUUUACACAAUCAUUUUAAGUUAAUAAUUUUGCUUGGUCAAAUAUAAGAAUGAAACUUAUUCCUAUUACUUGUUAUAAAAUAAUAGCCAUUAGCCAUUUAAUAUAAGCAAAAUAAACUAUUAUAUCUAAUGCUAUUAUCUUUUCAAAUUUAAGAAUCGAUUUAAUUCCAUUAUUUGAAUAAAAAAAUGAUUAGAUGUUUAUAUGA